CACAGAUUUCCAUUCUAGCAAACGAAAAUUGAAGACAAAUGAGCUGAUUGACUUGUAUUUUCCAGGUGUGUGUUUGUGCUGAAGAAAGUGUUCUAAGAGAAUGGCGUCAUGACUCGUGAGAUGGCCAUAGAAAGUUUCUUUCUGCAAAUAGUGUUGACGAAAUAAGAUCAGAGGCCGCAAAGGAAAAAAAAACAGCAAAAAGACAGACCCCAUUUCAGCAAAUUCAACUAUAUAGCUAAACGUUGCCGUUAAAUAGCAUUUCAAAUCAUUGAAGUUGUUGCCAAACGGACACUUUAAUCUUAUUUGUCUUGUACAAAUCUCAAUUACGACAAACUUGCUGAAACUAAUGACAACUGCGGGUUCAGAUGAGUUUAAGUGCGGGUUUCCAUCAAAUGCCGGAUUGUCAGUAGUCUCUUAUAAAUGGUGGGGAAGCAAAAGCUGUGAUGGUGGUGGGUAUAAUAAAGAGGAAGAAGAAGACGGUUCCAAAGAAAGAAAGCAACUGUUAGUAGAUGCCAUAGACAAAUCUGAGUUUGAAACAGGUAAUGAUAAAACUCAUAGAAGCAAAAGUGCAGAUUCCAUGAGAGGAGGCAGUUUACUUUCUCAGCUGAGAGAAGAAGCUGCCAGAGAAGGGAGAGAAGCCAUGAGUAAGGUUGGAGUCUAUCAGGGGAAUGAUCUGUUCAAGCUAGAAGAUUUUACCAAAAAGAAAGGUGUUUCUUCAACUAUUUAAAUCUUCAUACCCACAUUAAUUUGGAGGGCUGGCCUAGAGUGAUUUUGAAUAGCUUUGUGCUCAACAGUUGGGAAUUUAAGAUGCCUGAAAAUGAUGUCCUAUGAUAUGAUUUUUAGAUGCCUUAGAAUUUUUCUUCUUUGUUGUAACAACAACAACAACCUAGUUAAAUCCCACAAGAGUAGGGUCUGAAUAAUAGUAGAGACUGGAAGGAUGAUGACUUUAAUAAUAAUUUUGUAUUUCCCAUAUACGGAGUAUGAAUUUCUUGACCGUAAAUCAACUGCUUUGAUUAGU